AUGUCCGGGCGUGCCACGGAGCCCUCGAACGAGCUCUCACGGGCACGCGAGGGCUCUCACAAGCGCAUCUGCGGCGUCGGCCAUCGCGACGAGCCGGCGUUCCAGAAGUCCUUCGCCGGUGACGACGACAUUUUCGCUGGCGUCACUACGCAGCGGGAGCUGGUCAACGGUUUGAUGAAGCUGCUCAAGCUCAGCGAUGCCUCGGUUGACAAGGCGACCGGCCUCGUCGAGCAACUCAUGGAUGACAAUGCAAAGCUCCUCAAGUUGGUCGCCGAGAAGGAGGAGGAGGCCGCCGGAUGGAAGAUGCUGCAUGAGAAGAGCAGUGCCUCGGAGAUGGCGCUGAAAGCGGUCGUCGAGGAACUGAUGGGUGGCUUGAGGAAGCUCCUGAUCGAGCACGAGCAGGAGGUGGAGCGCCGGCCCUCCCACGACCAGAUCCACAACACGCCACCCCCAAAUCCCCUGCAUCCAGCAGAUCCCCCGCCGCCGCCGCCCCGAAACCUAGCUAGUUCGUGCACCGCGCAGCCGCCUCUGCGCUCGACCACCGCGCGCCAGCGUAGCUCCCCUUCCCCCACCGCCGGCGUAGCCCCUCACCACCGCAGCUCCUCUGCCGCCGCGCACGCCAAUCCGCCCUCCACUGGACCGCAAGCCGCCGCCGCCCCCAACUAUCCACCACCGGCGGAGGCCCUCCAACCAGCAAACCGCUGCCGCCGUCGCCCCCCAUCACGCGUGGCAGACACUCCGCCCCUCCGCCGCCCCAAGAUCCACUGCAUCCUGCUGCCGUGGUCACCCCACUCCAGAGCGGCACCUCCGAGCACCCCGUCGGCCACCAUCGUCAUCGCCAAGCCACACCACCGGCGGACACCAUCCUCCGUGGAAGGGCUUCGUCGCAGCAAGUACGUACUACGCUCGUGCACUUCCUCCCCGAGUAGGCUUCACCAAGCAUCAAGUGACAGGUCCGCCUCCUCCACAAGCCCCCAAACCAGCAGACCACGUGUUGGCCCUCCUCUCCAGCGAGCAGAUUUGCCUGCUGAACAUCCUUUCCCUGGACAUCGCUGCCUCCUGUACUUCAUUGGACAGGUUUCCCAAAGGUACACAAGUCGAUGAAGGUUUGGAAGAUUUUCAAACUCCUGAAGAUUUGGAAUACCUACAACAGUUGGUGGAGUGAUUAUGUAAUAUGCUUGUUUAGUUUGUGAAACCUGGACACUUGCUCCACUCCUUUUGCUGGUUGUUAAGCCACUGUGCUCAUUUUGGUUGUGUGGCACACCCAGAAACAUGUACUUCCCCACUUGUUGCACUAUUUCAUUUUGUUGGUUGUGUGGCACAUUUUAAAACAUAUAUAUAUUAUGGUUGUUAAUUAUGUUCA